UACAUUCUUCUUUACCCGCCUGAUUUCGUCCAACGAUAAAAGUUACAAGUGUUAGUACUACAAAUAAUAGAUUUUUAUUUAUGUAAAAUAUAGCAAAAAUUAUAAGUUAUGAGAUCGUUCAUCGUAGCCCGAUAGAAGUCGUCCAGACAAAAAUCCUUUUUCGAAAGGUCACGUGACCCGCCACUUCCGGCCGCGAACAGCUUCAACGAAUCCGAGCCCUUCCGCCAUAUUUGCAACGGCCGGAUCGCUUCGUCCGGCGCUAACCGGCUCUCGCACGACAAAGCUCGCGGAGUGCACUUGGACAGCCGAAAAGUGGCCAGGGCGUUUUGCCUUUGUGCGGGUUUCAGUAUUUUUGUGAGAUUAAUAAUCAUUCCAGUACGUUAACGGUUUUUCCGAGAGUCAUUUUGAAGUGAGAAAGUCUCGGGGUAUAGACAAAGGAGCUGCUAACGAUAGCAAACGUUGAAUUCGAGUAUAGUUCGUAGUAUAGCUAGAAAAUCUCCUUCGUAGAGCGUUUCGCGCGAUGAACUUUGUUUUCGUGGGUACCGCGUAAUCGCGAGGGGAAAAAAAGAGAAAACUAAUCGGUGUGGAGUACUGAAUUCGUUUGGCAACAGUCUCACGCAUCGCGUAAUUAUUUUCAUAAGUAAGGUCAACAAGUCAUAAAACUAAGGUGCGAAAUAACAUUGAUGGCUCAUGAUAGCUAAAAGUUCAUUUCAAUUUAAAUAACAAUUUUUUGCUGUUGACCAAAGGCAUGGAACAUAAUACCGUUAAUUCUUGAUUGACAUUCUAAGUACCCAAUUACCGUAAAAGAUAUUGGAAUAGUUCUAUUGAUAUUGAAAAUUUGGAAUUAUUCAUAAAACUAUUAUCACUUAACUGAUACACGAGCGCAUUCUGGUUAGUAUCCUCUUGCGUGAUCCGUCCAAACUUCGGUCUUUGGUUGCGCUCGCCCCUCGUGGUUGGGUUCGAAGGGAUCUCCGAAGUUUCGGAACACGCAUCGGGAGAAGGCGAGGUGCCGGAGUGUAUGCACCAGGAUUUCUUCGGUCCUGAUACGUCGCAUCCACGACUAGCAAAAUGGAAACUAGAGCGAAAUCAAAGAGAGCUCGUCGCAAUGAGAUUGUGGGAAGCUGGAAUCCCGACGUUGAAGUUGCAAUAAAUAAACUGAACGACGAUUGCUUGACCAAAAUAUUCAUGUUUCUUCCUAUAGUAGACAGAGUCAGGAUAGAAGGAGUGUGCAAGCGUUGGAGAAAUAUUAGCAAAGAGUCUUGGCAAAACUUUAAAACAUUAAACGCUGAUUUGGCUAUCUGGGGUUCUGACGUGGUGUUCUAUAGUCCAAAUGUAAGACGCAUUCUUGAACAAGUUUUACAACGCUCUGGAUCUUUUUUACGUCACCUCGAUCUUUUUCUUUUUUUACGAAUGGAAAGUUAUAUUUUACAUUCUAUUGGCAACUUGUGUCCAAAUUUGCAAUAUCUUGAUAUUCAAACUAUAAAAUUAACCUUGCCAGCAAUGAAAAUAUUGACGAAAAACUGCCAUAACCUGAAAGCACUCACUUUUGGUGAAAGCACCAUGGCCUGCGAUGACACUCCAUUAUCAGAAUUUUUUUCAGAAAAUAAGCAACUUCAAUAUCUCAAACUCGUAUUGAAUUAUUCUUGCACAGGGAAAUGUUUGUUAAGCCUCCCAGCAGAUAUGGAUACCAUCAUUAUGGAACGCUGUUCAUUGAGGUCGAUCAAUUAUCUCUCUCGUGCUCUGAAACAGUUCGGACAACUAAAAACAUUUUCAUUCAUGCGUUCUGUUUGUUCUGCGCUAUGUGACCCAUUUCCAACAGUGAUACAUUCAUUGCCAACAACUUUGAAGAUUCUUGAAAUGUCUAAUCUUUUAUUUAGCAACAUCGACUGUAUCGGUAAAAUGAAUGACUUGGAAAAAUUAACGAUUUAUAAAGAAGACUUGGUAACGGAUACUUUCUUACUUACUUUAGCUGAAAAUUGUAAAAAGUUAUAUCAUCUGGACAUAAGCGGAUCUAAGAACGUAACUGAGACUGGUAUCCAAGCAAUAACUAGUCUACCUGAAAUAAAACAUUUGGUUUUAAAUUAUUUGCCGGAAAUAACUGGUUAUAAUUUUACAUAUAUGCCCAAACUGCAAACACUAUGUUGCAGAGGUUGUGACCACUUGAAAGACGAUGGACUUUGUACUUUAUUAACAAUGUGCGAUCUAAUUGAAUUUAUGGAUCUCUAUGGUUGUGUACAGAUAACCAAUAUUUUGCUGAAGUGUGCUUUGAAUGUUGUAAAAACACGAACAAAUAAUCUUGUUUUACAUUUGAUAUUGAGUCAAGAUGGAUUAUUUGAUUUACGUCCAAUUUACGCGAACGACACAUUAUUAAAAAUAACAUUACUGACUGAGAGAGAAAGCAGAGACGAAGAUGAGGAUUAGUUGUUCUGGUUACUUUGAGGAUUUAUCAUAAAAACAUGCCUGUAAACUAUUUUGAAGCUGUAUAGGCAGUACAAACUUAUCAGAUUGCAAAGAUAUAUUUGAGAGAAGCAACUGAUCUCGAUCAAAGAUAUGUUUCGAAGUUUAGUGUUUUAAAUUCUGCAUUAAAUAGUAGCUUUGUGCCGCAAUGUAACUUUUAUUUAAUCAUUAAUAUUGUUUAGGAUGUAUUAAACUUGUAAUAACUUAAAAAUAUUGCUUCACAUGAAACGGAAUGUACUCUGCCGAUUAAAGAGUAAUUUUGCCUAUGUUUCAUUCUUAUUAAUCAUAAUAAAAACUGUAUACGGA